GGGGUUCUGGGCGGUCCGAGCCGGCGGUGCAUUUAAAUCCAGCCCGGCAGCCUCGGAUCUGUAAACUUUCCCGGCUCUUUUUCCAUUUUAGGGUAGUUGCCGAUCUACUUAGCUGCUCACGAUGAGGACCUCCCUAGCUCCUGGCAUCUGGCUCCUCCGCGCCUUCUCCAGGGACAGCUGGUACCGGGGCCUUAUUCUGCUGCUUACCUUUCUCAUUUACACCUGUUACCACAUGUCUAGGAAACCAAUCAGCAUUGUCAAGAGUCAACUGCAUCGAAACUGUUCACAGCUAGAAAAUUCCAACAAUGACACCAACAGCACCACAUGGUGUAACUGGGCUCCAUUUGAUCAGGACAACUACAAGGAACUGCUGGGAGGUGUGGAUGAUGCCUUUUUGGUCGCUUAUGCUGUUGGCAUGUUCAUCAGUGGGAUUUUUGGGGAGAGACUUCCCCUCCGAUAUUACCUGUUUGGUGGCAUGCUGCUGAGUGGAAUUUUUACUUCACUCUUUGGUCUGGGUUAUUACUGGAACAUCCAUCAACUAUGGUACUACGUGCUUGUCCAGAUCUUUAACGGACUGGUACAGACCACAGGCUGGCCAUCAGUGGUGACCUGUGUUGGUAACUGGUUUGGGAAGGGAAAGCGUGGAUUUAUCAUGGGUAUCUGGAACUCUCAUACAUCUGUGGGCAACAUACUGGGCUCCCUGAUUGCAGGUAUCUGGGUGGAUUCAGCCUGGGGCCUGUCCUUCAUCGUGCCUGGCAUUAUCAUCGGUGUCAUGGGCCUCAUCAGCUUCCUCUUCCUUAUUGAGUACCCUGAAGAUGUGGACUGUACCCCACCCCAGCACCAUAAUGGGCCUGUUGAAGACCUGGGUGCGUCUGUGGAUUCAGUGGUUGGGCACUGCCCUGAGAGGGAGAGUGGAACUGAACAUGCUGAAAGUUCCAAGGAGCCAACUGAAAAGCCUGAGGCCAUCAGUUUCCUAGGGGCACUAAGGAUACCGGGUGUAGUGGAGUUCUCCUUGUGUCUGCUUUUCGCCAAGCUGGUCAGUUAUACCUUCUUAUUUUGGUUGCCCCUCUACAUCGUUAAUGUGGCUCAUUUUGGACCCAAGGAAGCUGGUGAUCUUUCUACCCUCUUUGAUGUUGGUGGCAUAAUAGGUGGCAUCCUUGCAGGGAUCAUCUCUGACUAUAUCAGUGGCAGGGCCAUUACCUGCUGUGUCAUGCUGAUUGUGGCUGCCCCUCUGCUCUUCCUAUACAACUAUGUUGGUCAGAAUGGCAUUGGCAGUUCUGUAGUGAUGCUGAUUAUCUGUGGGGCCUUGGUCAAUGGGCCUUAUGCUCUCAUCACCACUGCUGUCUCAGCUGACCUGGGCACACACAAGAGUCUGAGAGGCAAUUCAAAGGCACUUUCUACUGUGACGGCCAUUAUUGAUGGGACUGGCUCCAUAGGUGCUGCUUUAGGGCCCCUGCUGGCUGGACUCAUCUCCCCUACAGGCUGGAACAAUGUCUUCUAUAUGCUGAUCUCUGCAGAUGUGUUGGCUUGUGUGUUCCUCUCUCGCUUGGUAUACAAAGAGAUCCAGGCCUGGAGGGGGUGUGUGAACAGAAAUGGAGGCUCUUGUCUGGCCCUAACCCACCCGAGGUAGUGUCCGGUGGGCUGUGGUUUGUAUUAUAUAAAGAGAUAUGAGGCCCCCAUCUGAAGUACAGGAGCCAAGGUUCUCUGCUGGAUUCCUGGAAAACUCCCCAAUGGAACCACCCAUGGACAUAAAAAGACAUUUGGGGCAGCAAGAGCUGCCCAGCCCCAGGCCAGCCCAAUGACCUGCUAUAGGUCUUGUUAGAAUUUCCAGGGGAAAGGGACUGAACAGUCUCAGAGAAUCGUAGACUAAAGAAAAUGAUGCAUUUUGUGCAGAGUAUGUUGUACGUAGUACCUACAAUAGUAGGUAGGACUAGAGCCAAGAUGGCACCCCAGGCACAAGAAAAGAAAGGCACGGCCUUUCGCCUAUCCCAGGUCUGGUUUCUUUGCUGAAUUGGAUGACUUGAAUUUUAGGUGCCAAGAUAGAAAGAUUCUGUGGGGACUAAACAUAACAAUAGUCCAUAUUAUUCCUCUCCACUUCCACUAUCAUUAAAUUUGAACUGACUCUGUAAUCGAUUGUUACCUCCUGUAAGAGAGGUGCCUUAUCACAUUUUCAGGCAAAGAACUGCAGAGUUUGUGCCCCUGCUCCAUGACCUGCAUAUCUCUGUAGUCCCAAUUUUCAUCUUCUCUCCUCUCUUGCCCCCCAGCUCUGCCUCCAUUAAUGACAGCUUAAUUUCUCUAUCCUUGAUUAAAAUUUGAAUAUAACCUUUGUUUUAAUAGAUGAUAGCUUUUGUCCACUGUUGUGAGUGUGAUUGAAAAGAACUAUUUGUAAAUAUUUGCUGUAUGUAAUUGUGUGAGCUUUCUGUCUGUCUUUCUAAAUUUGGUGAUAUUUUGGAGAUCAACCACAUAUUUAGAACUGAGGUGGUUGCUGUUCAAGAUACGGAAGUAUAGGAAUUAGUCUUUCCCUCAAAAAUCUUGAAAUUUAGUUGGCAGAUGAGACACAUUGAUUAUAUAUUGCAAUGCCAACAACAAUGGGUAUAAAUGAAGACUCAUUUAUUCCACUGUGGUUUUUGCUUAUGGAGAUGUUAAAUGCUAACUGUACUGCCUCUUUGCCUUAUUAUGUCCAAGUCUACUAAAAAGAACUAAAUUCCUAUACAUAUCUAUACUCAGUGUUUAUUGUUGUUUGCCAGCCUAAUCUGGGCUGGUGGCUGCUGUGGUCUCCUGGCUGUCAGGAGCAGUGCUAUCUGUAUUAUUUAAAGCCAUCGCUCCCGUAUCUUUGUGCUCUUUGUUUUUUAUGUUUGCUGUGCUUUGGGCCUCUCCAACAGCACCUAGGCUUUUGGUUACUAGUGAUAUGCUAUCCAUUGUGCGGCAAAGUCUAGUUGUUUUGCUAAUCAUCCCUUCAGGUUGCAUUCUAAGAAUGUGGUUAGGGCUGGUUUGCCGUUAAUUUUCAGUAGGAAUCAAAAGAUGUUGACUGCAUUUUAAAGAAACCUCCGUCAUUUGUGGCAGGUGGAUUUCAUAGCUCUGUAUUACUGGAGCUUGAUGCCUCAUUAUGUUAGUCUGCCUGAGCAGAUACGCAUCUUUUGAGAAAGGGAGUGAACGCCUCAUCUUCCACCCGGGGCGCCUCCAAUACUUAUGAGUUUUAGAAAGUAGUUAAGCCUCCUUAUGAACCCUUACUCUGUCCAUGAGGGCAAAAGAAGCAAAUAACGGUCUUCCGAAAAGACCUGGGAGGAAUACUUGGGGUUUGAUUCAGUGCUUCCUACUCACACCUACCCACACUUUGCACCCUGACUAAAGCCCACUGAUGUCGUAGGGCUCAAUUGAGCAGUUUCAAUAUCCUCUUUAACCACUAGAUGGUGACACCACCCCAUGGUAGAGCCCUGUGAGGCGCAGAGCCAAAGUAGCUGCUCCCCUGGAGCUUGUCAGUGUCAAGAGGGACAGAUCUUGGGAAUUCAGGAAUAUUGUAUAAUAGUUUCUACUGUUUCGGCUUCUCUACUGGUUCCUUCUUGCUUUACAACUCCUUUAUUCCUCUAACUUCUCAAUUUGCAUCGACUCCUAAGGUACUAAAUUCAGUUAUUUUCUCUCUCCUCAAAUUUUUGAAGAAUGUGUUGCCUCAGAGGCAGCUAGGUGGCUCAGUGGAUUGAGAGCCAGGCCUAGAUUUGGGAGUAUUACCUCAGACACUUCUUAGCUGUGUGACCCUGGGCAAAUCACUUAACCCCCAUUGCCUAGCCCUUACCACUCUUCUGCCUGGGAACCAAUGCAUAGUAUUGAUUCUAAGGAGGAAGGCAAGGGUUUAAAAAAAAUGUGUUGCCUCCCAUGGUUGUAAAAAGGCACUUACAUUUGAGAACUAGUCUAAGAUAGUCUAACCCCACCAGAAAACAAACAUGCCUAAAAUUGAUCUAUCUCCUAAGUAUCUGUGCUAUUAAGUAAAAUAAUUUAUUGUCUGAUGUGUAUCAAUAACAAAACGCUAGGGUGUGUUAUUAGCUUUGUUCUUAUUAAGUUUAUAAUUUGGUUCGAGACUAGACAUGAACAGAGCUAAAUAGCAGUAAUACCAGAACUGUUGACCAUGCAGUUAUUAGUUGCCUAAUGCAUGGCAUAAACAAAAUUUGAGUUUGGAGAAUGAAGUGAGCAUAGCUGAAGUGGUUAGGGAAGGCUUCAUGGGAGCAGUGGGGCUUGUAAGCAAGGCCUUUCAGGGAUUUGGAUAGGCAGAAGAUGGUACUGGAAAAGAUUGAAAAAGCACUUUUUUUUUUUUAGGAAAAGCAAAAAAUAACAGGAAGUGUUUAAGGAAAACCAUGUGAUAUGUUUAGGGGCUAUAGAACUGAUUAUUUAGGGAAAUAGUGUUUAAGUUAGGAAAGUUAAAUGGGACAAGACUGGAUGUCAGGGAAAGGAAUAUGAACUUUUUUCUGUAUGUAUUAGGGAUCAUAAAAAAACUGUUGAAUAAGGAAGAUGACUUAAUCUGGUGGUAGUAUGUAGGAAUAGACUUGAGGAAAGGUGUGUGGUGGCAAUGGAAAGGAGACAGAUAAAUUCUGAUGACACUGAUUUUGACUAUGGGGAAUAAUAGAAAUGAAGAAUUUAGUUUUGGAUGGGAAGGUGGGGAAGAAAGGGAAGAUUUUGAGUUUGAUUUUAGGCAAGUUGAGUUUGAGAAGACAAUGGAAUGCCCAAUAGUAAGAAGCUGGAGAUGUGUCUAGAGCUCGGGAGGAGUCAGGACUAAAAGUAUAGAUUAGGGAAUCACUAGUAUAGAGAUGAUAGUUGAAGACUAUAAAUAAGAUUUCCCAGAAUGAGAUCAGCAGAAAGAUAAGAUCUGGAUCUUAUCUGACCCCAUUUGAGGAAUAGGAAGAAAACUAGUUUUAAAGAAGAGUGAUCAGAAUUGAGAAGGGAAAAAAGUGUAGUGUACCUCUCAUAUUGUCUGUUUUUAAGUCAUGGUCUCAUAUCUCUGAGAACUUUCUUCCCUUUUUACUUCCACAAACCCAACUUUGCUAUCAUGUCCCAGUCACUUUAUCUGGACUAAACUAAAGCCUUUUUGUUUCUAGUCCUACUGUCUUGUGCAUCCUGACCUUGUUCACAUCACUUUUCUUAUUCUAGAUUUAGGUCAGGACCAUGACCCCAUAAACAGUAAAGUCUGUUCAUUCUUAACUCUGGUACCUUUUCUUCUCACCAUGGGAGAAAGGUCCAAUUGAGAGAAAAGUUAUGCGUAUGUAUUUCUAAGGGUCUUGGGGAGACCAGCACUGGGAUUAGCUUUUCUACAGUGAUUUCCCCCAGUCCCCAAGAUUCCUGCCUCACUUCUGCCUUGGGCACUGUAUGUUCACCAGAGGCCUGAAGUCAAGCCUCCUCUCUGGGCCUCAGCACACACACGGGGCUAAUGCAGGAGCAUUACGUUAAUUAGUUAUUCAUUUAAUUUAACUUCACAUUUGGUCUCAAUUAAGCCUAAAGUGUUCCUCCUUAUAGAUGCUACAAUAGCACUUGUAAUUAAAAAGCAAUAACUCUUUGCAUUUCUCCUUUUUAGAGACCCAUUGGGAGGCUUUGAGAGUAGGGGGAGGAAGAGAGCAAUAAGAGGGAAGAAGGAAGCAGUGGUAGAGAACUCAGCAUUGUUAGGAGGAGACAGACAGGGCUGACCCUGAGACAGAGAGGUUGGGGAAGGGGACAAGUUAAAUCCCAGGACAUGAUGGUCUUGCUAACAUUGCAGAUGUUGGUUUUGAGAGAUGGAUAAUAGAUCCUAGAAGAUGGAGGGUACAGCUCUGGCAGAGAAGGGAGGAAAUGGGCAACAACCAUAUAUAUUAGAGGACUUUCCAGGAUCCCAAUUAAAUGUGAAUAUUAGUAAAACAAAUCAACAUGUCAAAAGUUAAAAGGAGUAGGAAUGUCUGUGGUACGUGUGUUACAUACUAUGUGUUGUGUGCCCUAUUACCUUGUCAUUUCUCUGAAAGUAGACCCCAAACUAAAUAACAUGUUCUUUCUGCACAUCAUCCGAUGCAUUUGGAAGCCUUGAAAGUCCCAACUGAAUAAUAGCCAACAAAAUAAACCUGUUUGAGUUUCUCCUACUAUGUCUGUGGAAAAAAAAUUGGAUCUGAUAUAGAUGCUAGCCUUUCUUCCUGCAGUUCUAGGAGCCCAAGACAGAAAGCUACAGAAGAGAAGAUCCUUUUGACUAUGGCCAUGUAGUUUUGACUUGAAGCCCACUAAUUAGAAGUUUAAAAGAUGCUAAAACUGUACUUUCCAAAAACUACAGUUUUGUUUAAGGUCAUCUCUGUUACCCUAAGCCUGUAACUACUAUUUUUGAAAUAUCUAUUUAUGAGUGAUGGUAUUGGGGAGAAAUUAAAAAGUUUCCAACCA